AUGAAUAAAUUUUACCUUUUAAUUAUAGGGGUUUGGUCUCUCUGCCAAAACUCCACGAGUUUCAGGUUUUCACCUGGAACUCAAGUACACACAGAAAAAUUGCCAUUUUGCCAGCAGCACUCUCAAAGGACGUGCUGCAAUAUAUCACAUUCUUUACAAAUAUUCAGAAGAAUUUCAAGGCCUUUAAUGAAUCCUCCUUUAUAUACAGAUUAUCAAGGUUAUAGUGCAAGAUGCCUGACUGUGAUGCAAGAUAUUUUGUGCUCAGAGUGUGAUGGUGACGUGUAAGUUUUAUAGUAGAGGAGAAGGACAUAAGUCUGGAAUCUGCCAAAAUCUAUGCGAUUCUUUAUAUGAAUCCUGCAAAGAUGACUAUUUUGAAGCUGGAAUGACUGAAAGCGGCAUUGAAUUUUGCAGCGGAGGAAGUUGAAUUUGUUAUCCAUUGACGAGCUUUGUAGAUAAUGGAAAAGAUUUUUGCGAAAGAUUGGGAUUUGAGGUCAAAAAGAAAAAUUGCUUUGACGGGAUUUCUGCUGCUAGUGUAAAAGGAAAAGCUCCUGCAGAAAAUCAAGAAAAAGGCGAUGCGAUAGGAACCUAUAUUUUGAUAGCAGGAUGUGCAAUAUUUAUGAUAAGUUUUAUAAUUAUUGCCUUUAAAUUGGGUAAAAGACAAAAAGUAGAUAUAAGGCGAAAAAGAUUGGAAGCUCUUAUUAAAAAUCAAUAA